AUGGGAUCGAAUGAAAUGCCUCAUCCGAUUGAAGAUAUGGAAUAUACAACAGAUGAUAAUAUGUUGGUUGAUUCAAAUAUUCCUGUUGAAAUGGAAGUUGUUAUGACUGGUGAUGGAAAUAUUGAAACAGAAUAUGCAACUGGUUCACCACAGUAUCAAUAUGAGGAAGAAUAUGAUUUCGCAGAAGAUGAUGAUUUGGAAUUUGAGAAAUUGUUGCCUGCUCAAUUACAACAAGGUGGAAGAAGAGAUUGGAAAUCAGAUCAAAAAUUGUGAGUUCGAUUUUUGGAAAAACUUAUUUUUGAAAACAAAAACGAAUUACCAUUACAUUUAGAUAUAUAUAUAUAUAUAUUCAAUAAUUAUUUUUUUUCAGAAAACUUGAUAUCUAUGAGAUAAUGGACAGUUUGCCACCGAGUUUGCACGACAGAUAUAAAAGAGUUUGUGCCAAGCGAGGUUUUAUUAUUGAUUCAAAACGUACAACUGGAUAUUCUUUUGAAAAAAUGCCAGUUAGCAAGAAAAGAGUUCAAGCUCCUCACAGAACAACAUUAAAUCAAUCAACACAAAAUACAUCAUUUUAUUAUAACAAUCAAUCUGCCGAAUCAUCUUCUCAAUCUUUUUCACAAUCCUACGAUGAUCCUGAAUUUCUAAAUCAUACUGAUCCUACAAGAGCUGUUAUUGAGCAAGCAUCAUAUAGUGCAGAUAAUUAUGAUAAAUCAACAUUCAGACAUUGUCCAUGUUGCAAUAUGUCUUUAAGAAGAAGUGUUUAUUAUCAUCAUGCAAGAAUGAUUCGAGAAAAAGGAGCUUGUAAUUUAUUCACUCCUCAACGUUUUCCUUGUCCAUCUUGUGAUGCAAAAUUGGGAACUUUGGAAAAACUUUGUCAACAUUCGGAACAAAUUCAUGGAUUGCCAACAGAAAUUAAAGUUUCUGUUUUUACAUCCGAAGAUGAUUUUGCCGUAAGUUCAGAUUAAUCAAUUAUUUAUAAUGAUGUAUUUGUUUAGGCUUUUCGUAUUGAAUUAGAAGGAAAAGGUGGAAAUUUCCGAAUGGCUCGAGGAAAUAAAAAGAGCAAAAAAGGAGUUGUUCAAUAUUUCCGAUGUAAUCGUUUACAAACUCUUUCCAAAAAUCAAACUUAUCGACUUGUUGAUAAUCCAACUGAACAAGAUGUAAGUUUUUUUCAAAUUUGAAAACCAUGAAUUAUUUAAUGAAAACCUGUAAUUACAGCUUCCUUCGAAUAAAAGACGAGGAAAAUUGAAUGAAAAGUUGACAACUGGAAGUAAACAAAUCAUUCGGACCGAAAAUUCGUGUACUGCAUUUUAUAAUAAAGCAUAUUUGGAAAAUGGGUAGGUUUCAGAUUAUAGAGGUCUAGAUGAAGAAAAACAAUUUUUUUAGAACAAUUGAGGUUCGAUUUUGUGAUCAUCAUUUGCAUGACGAUGAAAGACUUCGACUUCCGGAAGCUGUCAAAACACGAGUUAUUGAAUUAGCCAGAAAACAAUUGCCUCAUAUUGUUGUUCUUAUGAUUGUUAAAGGUAUAUAGAAAAAGCCUGUUGGAAAUGCAUGAAAUAUAACACAGAUAAUUAGAAUUUAUGGUUUAAAAAAUUUUAACUAGAAAUUCUGAAAAAAAAAUUCGACUGAAUUUUUAAAAUUGAUUUAAAAAAUUCAAAUUGUUCUUUUUGCAGAUGAAAGAUAUAAAUAUUGCACAAGAGAUUCAGCAAAUGAUCGACGAAUUCAAGAUAUGAAAACACAAGACAUACGACAAAUAUUGGCUGGAAAUAAUCGACAAGAAAGAACACGUGUUAAAAAUGGAGGAGCAUCGAGACAAAGAAUUCGAAUUGUUGAAGAAAAUGGAGUGCUUUUGCCAACAGAAGAGGAUCCAAAUAAUGAUUGGGUUGAAAUUAGACCAUGUAAGUUUGUAAUUUUUAUUAUUUCUAUACUUGUAUUAUCAAAGUAAAAAAAAAUUGGCAAAAAAAGAGAAGCCAGAAAUUCAAAUCCCAAUUUCCCCAAGUACGGUAUUCCUCUGCGUCACUAACACCGUUUCGAGACCACACCAUUGGGCAGAGAAACAAAGUCAAAGACGCACAUAUGGGUCUCGCAGCGACUGGCAGAAACACCGUACUUGGGAACAGUGUCAUUUGAAUUUCUGGGCUCCGAUUUUUUGCCAAAUUUUUUUAUUUUGAUAAUAAGAUUUUCUAUAUUACAAAAAACAAUAAUUUUUUUGCAGUGCCUCAACAACGAAUUAAUAGAUGUAAUUUGUCUGUUGUUGAACGAAAAUAUUUGGAUUUAUUUGAUACAAAUCGUGAUGAUGUUAUGCAUGUUUUGCACGAAAAAACAAAAGAGGAAAAUGAUAAACGAACAAUUUUCGAAUCAUUUGUUCAUCGACUUUCAUCUGCUCAUACACUUUUCAAAACAUUUGAUGUUAUCAAAGUCAAUCCACAAAAUGAGCAUUUCGAAAGUUGCGAAAAAGUGAUAGAAUAUUUACAAAGAAUGGAGGUUAUUUUGUCAAAUAGUCAGAAAUUGGAAAAACAAGAUAUGUCGAAAACAUAUUUGGAAUUAAUGGAAGAAAAAGGCAGUCGAUUUAUGGAAGAAGUUGAACAACAUAAUCAUCGAAGGAUAUGGAGAAAGACGAGAAUUAAUUGAUGAUACAAUUGAUGUGGUUGGAAUUGAAGAUGAAACUUAUGCAGUUAGUAUGUCAGCUGGACCACAACCAAAAACAUCACAAACAAAAGGACAAACUAUUUGGUCAGCGGCUGCAUCGCAUAAUGAUCCAAGUGUUCAACAUUUAUUGAUGAAAAAACCACAAUAUUCGGUUAGUUUUUAGGGCGAAAAAUAAGAUUUACUUAGAAAAAUAGAGUGAAUAGUUCGAAUUUUGCACUAAAAAUCAUAAUUUUCGAAUUGCAAUAGUUUAUGUUUCGAUUAAAAUUCAAGAUACUUGUUUUUUUUAAUUCUUCAACAUCUAAAUUUUCAAAUAUGUACUUGUUUGUUUUUUUCACAAAUAUUGACUUUCCUUCAGAAAAAGACCCGAAAAUAUUCAUAGCUGCUUGGUGAAUUUUCUUUCUAAAACCAGAGGUUUUGAAAAAAGAUUUUCUAAUUUUUCUUCAUUUGGCCAAACUAAUUAGAAAUGUUUUGAAUCCCCGGAAAACUCACAUCCGCCGAAAAUUUUCAUUAUUUCGCACCAGACAAUUUUUUUGAAAUGAUUUUCUCGAGAAACCAAAAAAACACGUCACAAAUAUAUUUAGAAAUAUUUUUUUUUUUCAAAUAUAUUUUUUUUCCAGGGAAAUUAUGUUCGACGCGGAGAUCUCGAAGAACUUUUGCUUCAAAAAAUGCAGAACGACGAAGAAAAUGAACAGUAUAUUUCGGAAGAAGGAAAUGUGGAAAAUAUGCAAGAAGUUGAAUUGAAUGAAGAACAACAAGUUGAUGAAAUAAUUCAUACAACAAUUGUUGAAAAAACGGAUGAUCAAAAAGUUGAAAUGAGCAAUGAGCAAGAUGAAGAAGAAAAUGUUGAAGAAGAAAUUGAAGAACAAGCUAAAUCUGAUGAUAACUGA